AUGGCGAUUGUGCGCAGUGGGGUGUGUGUGAUCGUCACCGGCCGAGUCGGCACACCCCACCUCGCCCCCACCCAUCCCGAGACAAAUUCAUGCUGAUGAACCCCAUGUUCGCUUACUUUCCAAACUACAGUGGGACUCGCAGCUGAACGUGCCGUAAGCAUACACCGAUUCCCACACCAGCACUAGCACCCCAGUCUCACCUCCCCUUCUCCCCCCCCCCGCCUUGUCCCUACUUCAACCAGGCCCUCCACGCGCGCAAUAAAGUCACUCUCCUCGCCUUUGAUAUACGUCCCAUGGCCCCCUCCGUACCCAAAGCCUUCCCCGUCACACCCCCACCAGUUCGCAAGGCUCCGAAACCCAAGAUUCAACGCUUGAUGACACCUGAUUCGACGCCGCCUGCCGGUUCGACGACGGGGGAACGGCGUUCGAGUAGGUUGAGGGAGGUGGUUAGGAGGAAUGAGAGGAGGGAGAGCGAGGAAGGCCAGAAGGAAGGGACGGGGGGGAGUGAUGAUUGGAGUAGUGAGGAGGAGGGUGACGGGUACGAGGAGGGGAGAACGGGGAGAAAGAGGAAGAGGAGUGAGCAGGGCAUAGUGCAGAGGGACGGUGCGGGUCAGUUUGCGCAGCGUGAGGGGUUGGGAUUUUGUCCGGUGUGCUUGUGCUGACCGUUGUUUGGGUUGGUUUGUUGUGACGUUGUCGUAGCUCCUGCUCGUCUGAUAGGUAAUCGUCCCAACACCAAGGUCAGUCGGCGCAACUUGUCAUCGCGCAAAACGCUGACCGAAGACUGACGAGCUAGAACCUUUCCUGCAGAUCUUCGGCCAUCAACGCGGCGUCCCCGUCGGUACGCACUGGGCUUUCAGGAUGGAAUGCUCCCAAGCCGGCGUCCAUGCUCCCGUCGUCGCUGGGAUCGCGGGUAAUGAACAUGUCGGCGCUUGGUCGGUUGCUCUUUCGGGUCAGUUUAUGGGCAGUUCCGGGGUGGACUCGGGUGCUUUUGGCUGGGUUUGCUCAUAUACGGAGGUUCAUUUGUGCAGGUGGAUACAAGGAUGAUGUCGAUGUUGGCUAUGGAUUCACAUUUGUGAGUCGCACCAAAAUUCGAUGGACCCCCGAGCUGCCACAACUGACCUCUGCUUCGAUCUCCUCUCUCCAGACCGGUUCCGGUGGCAGAGACCUCAAAGGGACCUCAGCAGCACCCAAGAACCUCCGUACCGCACCUCAGACCUCGGACCAAGUCUUCACCAAGCUCAACGCCGCUCUUAAGCGUUCGGUCGAGACGCGCAAACCCGUUCGAGUCAUUCGGGGGUUCAAGGGGCAUAGUCCUUGGGCCCCUGUCGAGGGCUAUCGUUACGAUGGUCUGUACAUCAUCACCAAGGUGCGUGAUCGAUCGAGCGACGAAGGUUGAAGCGAAUCAGGAAAACUGAUUCGAGAACCUUUCUCAUCGAACGAUGAAUCCACAACAGUACUGGCAGGACGUCGGCGAAGCGGGGUUCAAGGUGUGCAAAUACGCUUUUCAGCGUAUGGACGGUCAACCUGAGAUCCCUGUUCGACCCGGUCGCGAGGAAGAGGCGGCAGCUAUCAUUGCUGAAUUUGGAAAGGGGUCGAAUGUGACGCCUCCUGAGACGGCGGCGGAGUUUAGGGCGAGGUCGUCGGUGGUCAAAGUGGAGGCGAGUGCCGUCCUCGAAGUCCAAGAGGAGAAGGAGCAGCCGGUCCUUAAGAUUGUGAGGGAACCUUUGACACCCGAAACGAGUCCAAUCAACGCGGGACGGAUGGUGAGGUCUUUGAGAUAUCGUGCGAUGGCGGUGGCGGUCGAGGCCUGA